ACACUUAUCAAGCAGCCUUAUGGCUUAGCUAAUUUUUCAAGUUCUAGGUUCAAGUGGCGCAUCACUAGUCUCGAGCCCCUGUCAUAAGCAUUGUCGUUGCCGACCUCCUUAAUUCCAGACCAACAACAUCUUUGGCUCUUGCCUAUUCGGUGCUCCAACUGGCAUAUAAACAUAGAGACGCAUCAUCCAUCCUAAGAAAAUGUCCUCUAGAACGCAAAAUUCCUUCACAAUAUCCUACUAUCAUGUCUGCAUCCUCCUUUCCCACUGAUCCACAACCUCCUCCACGAAAACGGCAAAGAGCCAGAAAGGCAUGCCUUCCAUGUCGGCAGCGAAAACGUAAAUGCGAUGUCCAAUUUCCCUGCUCGAUGUGCACAACAUAUGGCUAUCAAUGUCAAUAUCCUCAAGAUGACGGUCCCUCAGCACCAUUCGCUGAGAAACCUGGCCAGGCAAGCAGUCCCGUGACGGAUCGACGAGUGCCCGUCAUCUCUCCUGGCAAGCAAUCGGAGAGUGAAGAUGUAGAGUCUCAGAUGUCUCCCAGCGAUCGAGGGAUUUUGGAUCCCGUCAAGAUCAGAUACAUGGGACUUCACUCUUUGAUGGCAUUUCCUAGAGCCCUAGGUCUCGACUUUCAGUCAGCAAAUCCACCUCGACUUCAUUCUUUUGCCUGGAAUUGUGGCAUUCGUCCUGAAGAGGAACCAGAGGCACAUGGUAACCUCCGAGAUCUGAUAUCUCGGGAAGACUUCAAAACUUUCUCUGAAGUCUAUUUCGAAACAUGCCUUCCCGUUUUCGGCAUCAUCGAUAAGAAAGAAUUCCUAAAGGACGUUUUGCAGUGGUGGAAUGCACCAACUAAAUCUUUAGCAUUCGAUGCCGUUAUUGCUGGUGUAGUCGUGCUAGGUUCAUUCUUCUCAGCAGACUUGGGACAUUCACGAGAAGCCGAAAUAGCAAGAUACGCCAAACAUGUACUUGAGGAUUCAUCUUUGACUCCAAACAUCGACCAUGUCUGUGCAUGGAUCUUGCGAACGACAUAUCUCAGGACCAUCACCAAACCGCACCGAGCCUGGCUUGCCAGCUGUACUACUUUGCAUGUAGCAGAAGCAUGUGGUUUACACCAUGAGAUCGAUGCCGUCGUGUUGACUAAUGCUGGUACGCCAGGAACGAUACUCAAGAACCAGCAAGGUUGUGAACAAGCUCGGAAGAUCUUCUGGAUGGCAUGGCACGUGAACGUCAUGAUUUCCUACGAAUACGCACGGUCAUGCAUCGUGCUCAACAGCAUUACUUGCAAAUUACCACAAGCUGUACCUGGCGAUGCCACAGCGCACCUGAUUGCAAUUUCUCAACUGGUGCCGAGGGAUUCCGACUCCUCCAACGGACCCGAUCUUAAGAAGACUUUGCCGAAAUUGCAACAAAUUCCUGACGAGCAGCUAUUCGUCUCAAUGUCAAAAGCAGAUCUGUGCAUGUCUUUGUACCGACAUCAUCGACUUCUCAAGCUUCCCCUCGACAAGGAAGAUGUGCUUCAGAUCAUUGCCAUUGGGAAUAGAGCCAUAGAAGCAGCAUAUGCACUCGCGCAGGAAAAAACAUACUGGUGGAAUGUUCUUUGUACAACAUUUCAAUACGUCUGUUGCCUCCUGGCAAUCGAUACUGCGGAGAGUCUGUCCAAUGUUUCUAGUGCCAUUGCGACAUUGGAAAACAUCACACGACAGCUAGGAACUCACGUGGCCACAGAAGCUCUGAACACAGCCCAAGUUCUUCUCCGAGAUUCUAUGAAGAAGAAGAGGCAUGAGGUGGCAUUGCUCGAAGCUGCCGACGCUGGCGACAAUAUGGCUGAGUUCGAGAACGUCGACGUUGACUGGGAUACAUUGCUUGACCCUUGGUACAUGACCAAUUUUCCAGUCAUGGCUCAAGAUUUACCAAUGCUAGGAGAAUCGAUCGGCGGCACGAUGCCGUCGAAUUUCAACACACUAUGAAAGGGACUUCGGUUGGCUGUGCAUGGACGGCGUUAGAGUUUUCAAGUGAUAUCCCCUUAUUUUAUAGAUAGCGUGAGCAAUGCAAUCGUAU